GUUCAUCACUGUUCAACACUGAUUCCACUUCUUUCCGAAACGAGAUUGUCACUAUUGUCGGGAUAAUGCUGAUAUCCCGGUGGUGGGGAUGGGUCAGGGAAGGGAUUUGGGGAAUGGCCCAACAUUGGCCCAUUGGUGAUGGAUGUUGUGUGUGUGUGUGUUCAUUCUCUAAGUAGUUAAUCAGCGCUGGGGACGGGCUGUAUGCAGGUCAGAAGUAGGGCUUCAAGGAAAGGCUCACUGUUAUGAAAAGCGUUGCCUCGUGCGUCCUAUAACCCAGGCCCUGAAUUAUCGAAUAUUUGUAAAUUAAGUUGACACUUUAACUGAAGCACAAACAUGAGAGCUUCCAUGCUACACAGAGAUGCUCCCGAAGACAUGAGCUCUUGCACGAGGCAGAAGUCAAAACUGAGUAAAUCUUUGAAACUCUGGAGGUUGAUGCGUAACCGCCACUGUCAGAGCCCGGCAGAUGUGUUUCACGUGUUCUGAGCCGCACUAACUCCUUCACAACAUUUUUUGGGGGCGAUGACUCCACAAUCUAGAUAAUCACAGCUUGAGAUAACUUGAGGCGCUGCAUCCGACUGCUUGGAACAGUGGAGGAAGUUGUCUAAGACUCGUGGCUACCAUCAGGCGCCAACCUGAGCCAUAACGUUAAGUUGAAACAAUGCAGUCUAGCUUUCUCCCAGCCCAGCGCUACUCACCCACCGCACGAGAACACUCAUAACACAGCGAGUCAGAACAGUGCAGCACAGCAUCAACUCUCUUACCCCAAUGCUGUUCACAGCACAACACAGGAAUCAUAACACAGCGAUCUCAAGCAAUGCAACCUAGGAUAUGCCCAGCCCAGCGCUGCUCCCUCACAGAAGAACACACCCUCCUUACUUAGUCUGUGGCUGAGUGCCAAGGCGAGUCUUCAGCUCCAGUGACGACAGAAAAGCCCCAAGAAAAUGUCAUAGAAGGAGAGUGUCGAAGAAUGCUUUUAAGAGUAGCCGUCGGAAGCAACUCCUUCAGGGUAAAGUCAUAUAGGGAAGAAAGUGCCAGAGAGGGUUCUGAGGAGGAGUUGGAACAGGAAGAAGAAAAAGAAGAGGAAGAGGCAGGUCUUUAAGGAUACUGUCAUACCACAAACGUUAUUUUAUUUUUUGAAGGAGCAGAAAUCUUCGAGAGAAAUGCUGCCGCUGAGUAGGAACCUUUCUUGUGAAUAAAUCUGAUGUUGUGGAGCGACUCUGAGCUGACGCGUGAGUUUACUACGAGUAGUAAAGUUUUUCUCGCGUCUACAACUAUCUGCUUGUUUCACCAUCACCUCACGUCUACAACUACCAGCCUACUACCACCUCACGUUUACAACUAUCUACUUGUUUCACCAUCACCUCACGUCUACAACUACCAGCUUACUACCACCUCACGUCUACAACUACCAACUCUAACACCACCUCACACCCAAAACUGCCUAGACUUUUAUAAACACUACCCGAGACCCAAUUCGUCAAAGUUUUUAGGCUAAAUAAGGUGCUCUAAUAAUAUAAGAUAGUGUCUCCUCCCUACAGUAAUAACACGAGAAGAUCGCUUCCAAAUUGUUAUAAAAAAUCCACUAAAACUUCAUCAUAACUACCUGCAUUCUCUCAGCCUCAGUUAAGGGUAAAAAAAAUACUGUGAGAAUAUUUGAGCAUUCAGACCAGGUCCCCAUCAGUUCGGCGCCUUAGGGGCAGGGGGGGAUACAGCCAGAUCACGUCCGUAAUUUUUCACGCGGAAUAAUUUAAUGAGGAGCCGCCAGUAUAUAUCGUAAAUACGGCCCACACACACACACACACACACACACACACACACACACACACACACACACACACACACGUACACACACACACACACACGUACACACACGUACACACACACACGUACGUACAUACGUACGUCAACCUUUUUCCACGUGAGGAAAUAUUUCUGGAAACAUUUAGAGAUGUGAGUAUGAUAAUGUGAUGUGUUGAUUAAGAUAUGUGGAAAUACUUUGAGAUGUGGCCGUAAUAAUGUUAUAUUUGGAAGUAUUUAGAAAUGAGAAUAUAAUUUAUCGACAAUUUAGGAUGAAGUGAGGUUAGCUGAACCAACCGUACUGGCUCAUACCUUACCUGCCUACCUACAGUACCUGUUUAUUUCUACAUGGGAUCACGUGAAGAGUAGCCACCCACUUAACCUAACCUAACCUAACAUGACCUUCGUGUUUAUAUCUCUAGAUUUUCGAUUUCAUUACUUAUUAACAUCUGUAUUAUUAAUUACAAGUAAAAAACGUGAGAGGAGGAGGUGGACGUCACCAGAACUGAAGGUAUCCUCGACACGCCACACUCAGCGUCCAGAUCUUAAGAUUCGUCACACAGCCACUGUAUCAGAUUUCAGCGGCAACGAGCAAGAAAAGUUUUAUAAUUAUUGAAAUGAAAUCUAAUGAAACCAACCGAGUGAUUAUAUAGAAUUACUCCGUAAUAAUACUAAUAUAACUAAUUCCACGCAAUUUUACAACGGCACCAACGUAUUCUAUCACGCAUAUAAAUUUAUCUCAUUGUGAUAUUUUUCAGAUAAUAGCGUUGAGUCCCACGUGUAAGUACACUACCAGAAAAAUGUACAGAGGGAUAUAGAAUGAGGGAUCACCAGAAGACUAGACACCGCAGCGUAUUUCACCUUGAGACUAACUUAACCUAACACAACACAGGCAGCGUUAAGGUGUUUAAUAAUCAGUAGAGCCGAGGUAUGGCGUCCGACCCGACCACACCCACCACCCCGACAUCGCCCUCCACCCCGACCUCCCCAACCGACGACCGGGAGGCCACCAGGGAGUGGCUGGAGAACAUCCUGGAGAAUUACCACAAGUCCCUCGCACCGAACUCUAGGCCGGACAUCGAGCUGCGUGAGUGGAGCGUUAGCCCUGCCAGUGGUGGAGAGCGAGAGGGCUACCUGUCUGAACAGCUGUCGGUAGGCGUGUCAUACAGCGCAAGGGGGCAGAACCACCACGCCCACCUCUUGGCCAAGCUCCUCCCACAGGAUCCCUUCAACCGCGCCUUCGUCAUCGAGACGCUCUUUGACCUGAGAGAGAUCAAGUUUUAUACCGAGAUCAAGCCAGCACUAGAGGGCGUAGAACGGCAGUAUCUGACGGAGGACUGCCUCAGUCUCGUCUGGACCCCAGAAUUGUAUUAUGCCAAGCACAAAGAGGCUUCAGAGUCCAUCUUGGUACUGGCGGACAUGUGUCAGCGAGGUUACAAGAUGCAAGACCUCACGGAGGGGCUGACGCUGUCGCAGGUUCAGUCGGCACUCACCACUGUGGCCAACGUUCACGCUGCUGCUCUCGCACUGCAGAUGAAGGAGAAAAAACCCCUGCAGGAGCGAUAUCCCUACUUGUUGUCGAUGGAACAAGCUGUGGAGUCCUUCAACUGCCUGGUCGAGCGAGGCCUUCCACUACUGCUCAAGUUCCUGGCAUCUCGUAAGGAUCGUGCUGCUGUCCGAGAGGGCUUACAGAGGUAUUCUGGGCAGCGCACUGUGGAAGUCCUGCGAGGUAUCCUGGCUCCUUCAGACAAACUCAACACACUAGUGCACUGUGAUUUCUGGUGCAAUAAUCUUCUCUUUAAGAAAGAGGGAGAUACCACACGCUGUUGUGUUAUUGACUGGCAGACGGUUAUGUAUGGACGACCCGCCAUAGAUGUGGCCAUGUUGCUCUGUACAUCAUUAGAAGUCUCGCAGCGACGCAAACAUCAAACAGAGCUUCUCUCACACUAUUGGGAUGCAUUUACUUCAAGACUCACCAAGUUUGGCAUCGAAAAAGCGGCUGUCAAAUAUACCGAAGAUGAUUUAAAGGGAGAUUUCAAAGCAGCACAAGCAAUGGCAGCGCUGGUGGUGGUCGGGAGUGUGGACAUCGCCCUAGGUAACGCAGCCAGAGAAGAGAGAGUCCUGGAACUUCUCACAGAUCUUCUGAACGUAGGCGUACUAUGAGGCGGAAGGGACCAGAAACCAGUUUAGAAUUAGAGCUCACUAUGUACAUAACAACUUUACUCAAUGUUGAUACAUUUAAGACCCAAAUAUACUGUAGCUUCAGGCAGCAGAACGAGCUUAACAUAAGGUGGAGCUGAAGCACAGCAUUGGCUUUUUAAACGAACGUUUUUUUCAGAUUUAUGAAAAGUAUUUUGUAAAGCUAACUGUUUUUUAGCGUUAUUAUUAGUUAGUAAUUUUUGUUCCAGUUUUGUGAAAAUGUAGUGGCUAUUCAUAUGAGUCAGUUCUUACAAGACUCUUAAAACUCACGACAAAGAUAACUAUAUUUGUAAGAAUUGACAACACGUGAAAUCUUAUAGAGAUACGAUGGUCACUACUAGCAUUAUGCAUAGAGCCACAAGUCCAGCUCAAAGUUCACAGUUGUCUUACAAAAUGUCCACAUGGUUGGGAAGGUUGGAGAGGCUUACUUUACAGCCGAGUAUUUGCUUAUUUUACUACCUGCUAGAUCCCAGUCUUCUGGCGUUGGUCUAAUUAUCUGUAUGUUUGGAUUGUGUCAAUAACAAAUGAAACUCUGUCACUUAAGGCUUCUUUGAGGUCUGUCUGUAGCUUCCCACAGUCUAUGUCAUAGGUACAGUAUAUAUUGUGCAGUUUGUAGAACCCUGAAAACUCCAUUGGAAGCUUUGUAGGAACCAGUAUGCAGCUUAUUUUAACUUAAUGAUUCAUUGAAUGAAUUUUUCUAGCUUAAUACAAUUAACCUGCAAUGUCCAGAGGCCCCUUAUCUACCAUCCAGGAAUCAGCUUGUCCAUUUCCAAGUCGACACGUGCAAAAGCCAGUGAUUUUCAGAAAAUUUAUCCCUUAAUAUUUGGCUUAUCUACAACAGGAGCCGCAGUUCACUCGAUACUGUAGUUUAUCCUGACCGAGGCUGAAACGUUCACAAAAUUGUAUAUUGUUAGGAAGCAUUGUAUCAUAGGAAAAUAAUGGCCAGGGUAUACUGUACAUCUCCAGUGUAAGAGAUACUAAGUAGGCUUUCCUUAUGUACUGUAUACGAGCAUAUAAGAAAUAUCUGUUGGUAUUGAAUAAGAGUUAAAUUCUAUUUAUAUCUUUUUAUAACAAAAAUGAAAUUGAUAUUUAAUGGACGUUUGCUAUUUUUUGAAUGUAUUUCCCUAAAGCAAUUCCUGGAAGGGGAUUGGCUGGCAACGAUUUCCUCCUCCCGCCAUUAAGUGUUGGUGUUUACAGUGGAAACGAGAUGUGAAUAUGGUUACAGUCUUCAGUUAUAAACAAGUUUGGAGACAUCAUCAUCCUGUAACAACACUAAAAAUAAUCCCAGGAUGUAGAAGUGGAGUUUAGAGCGUGAGUCAAUAGAGAUAUAGUGUGGGUGACAGACGUAAUGUGAUACUAGGCUGAAUGUAUGUUUUUUUUUCUUUUUUCUUUUGUGUGUGUAUGUGUGUGUGUGACAUGAGGUACAGUAUGUGGUGAUGAGACUGAUGUUGCAUACUAGACUGGUAAUGAUCGUAAAAGAUGUUCGUUGAGGUAUAAGCUGAAGAGACAUGAACGAUUGAGUACUCAUAUUUUCUAUGUAGUUGAUGAAGGACCAACUUUGAGAUAAGUCUACUACACUUUGUCUCAUGUUCACAAUACAAUGCUGUUAUAAU